AUGGACAUCGCGCGUCGUCGCAUCCUGACGGCCACAGUCCCCUCACCGUUGCUCAACAACUUGAACAGAAUCGAAGACCUUGGUUGCUUCGACGAAGAAGAAUGCCGCUUCUUCCUUCGAGAAGUUGGUGAGCGCGUUGUGCCUGUCUAUCCUUUCUCCUUCGGCAUGGAAGAGGUGUACAGCCUGAUCCUCGAGCGAUAUGGAUACGCAGGUCUCCCUGAUGUCACAAGUGUACUGCAAGAUCUCCUCGAAGAUGAACAAACCGCAACCGGCUUAGGAGAUGACGGAGACGUUUGGCGCUCGUGGCGUCACAGUUGGAGACACCGAAAUGAUGACGCCCUCAAUCCCUUUAUUCCGAAAGUUGGAAGCUUUGUCCUGCAGCAACCCACCCAGCUCCACAUUCGCAAACUCAAGGCACAGAAUUUCAUCUUCAGAUCCGAGAAAGCCCAAAGAGUAGAACGAGCUCGGGAAGCGGAAGAGACUGGAAAAAGAAGUGCGCUGGUAGAGAUCUCUCACAAUGAGAGCAGAAGAGUCGAUUAUCCUCAGAGUCAUUCCUUCACCAAAGCCGAGGCCUCAGAUGAAGAGAACUCGUACCGACUCCCCUCCACCACAUAUUCCCAUCAGAGAACCAGAACUUUGUUGGCAUCAGAGCAGGAGCCGUCACCAACCCCUGAGCAAGUGACGUUGAAAAAGCCAAGCACUGCUAGAGGAUCGAACGUCACCGAAGCAUCAGCAAGUGGCUCUUCGCAGCAAGAAUUCGUUGAAGUAGAUCCGUCUGUUCUUGAUGCAGACGUCGAUCCAGCCCUCUUGGUCUCUUUCGAGAUGCUCUCUUCCCAUCAGUCAUUCUUGGAUCAAACACCUAACCUGAGAGGCGGGCACGGCGAAAUCGUCACUCUUCGACAGAUUGGCUCCACACAAGAUACGUCUUCGAGCAAGGAACACAAUGUCCAGGAAGGAAGCUCGCCACAGUCGCUUGUGCUGUCGAGCCCAACUUAUGUUGGUUUUUGUGAGACCCCUGGAAGUCGCGACUUGUCAGAUCCUCCCAGCCCUGUGACUGCUGGUAACAUCGGGCCGGCUAAAGAGUCGAGCAAAUGCGAUAGACAAGAGCCUGCGGAGCAUCACAAGUCAGUAGAGAGACAGCGCAAACUUUCAGACAGUCUCAAACAUUUUGCCCGACGCCCCCUUGGUGACAGCUCCGAGCCGAGCAAGAGGACACGCGCUGCUAACCGGCAAGCCAGAGUUCUGGACGGGGCAAUAUGGCUCCCAAAGGUUCGCAAGCGGCACUCGUCACAGAUCAAUCUUCCUGGGGAUGAAGAGGCCGUGGUGGAGGAGAGGAAGAAAUCGAUUGUACGACGCAGCCUUACACCGGUCUGGCAGAAACGCGAGUCUUCACGCAACAGUUGGAUGGAAAUCAUGCGAAACUUCUUUCGGUCUGAGUCGGGUUCUAGCCAAGCAAAACAACCCAGAGCUGAUAGCAUUGCGAUUCAAAUUCAACCCGCCGUCCCAAAUUCGCUCGCGUCCCCCAACAACCACACCAUCAUCAGCACCCACUCACCAGUUGAGCAAGAGCAACAACCAUCCCCAUUUGGACUUGACGGAACCAUUGACCUCACACCAUUCGCAUCAAGCGCCAUCAUGGACUACAACAAGCCUCUGCCGCUGAGUCCUGGCGAAAUUGUUCAGUCUCUCUCAACUCACGCGAGCCUGACACAUUUCCGCCAACCAGAACUUGCAAACUCCAAGAACACUGUUGCCUCUGCGGAUUUCAAGCCAGACUGUCAAGCUCCGACUGCUCAUCGUAUCAAGCGAAAAGAUGUGCCUGUCAAACAUCAGCUCUCUCCCGUCCGCGAACACCAAGACAAGUUUGGCGCACACGCAGCUGAGCCUCAAAAGAUAGAACAACCACCACUCUCGGCGAUCACGUACUCUAGCAUUGCUAAUAUGAAUCCAUUUGUGGACAAUCCAUCCACUGAAACUCCUGUCACUCUUCCUGCUGUCUCUGCACCCGAACCUCUCUUUGCCGUCCGUGGACAAAUACCAGAUCAUCUUCGUGGCUUUCCACCCACCGUCCCUGAAGACAUUUCCUUCUCCAUCCGCCAACAGUUUCCCAACUUCUGUUUGCCUCCACCUCCACCCGAGCGACCUCAGCGCCAGACGUCCAAGUCACGCCUAUUGACCCCAAUCAAGAACCUGAUCAACAAGGGCAGUGACUGUGAGGAGGUGAAUUAUGGUACACCCACACGAGUUCUAGGAUCGGAGAAGCAAAAACGCAAGUCCAGCCUGCAGAGAUUUGGAGACUUCUUGAAACAUCCCUUUGUGUCACAACCACCUACCGAGGCAGAUAAAGUGGAAGAGUGGAUGAAGGAAAGUGCCGCAGCCAUUGCGCCUCGCACUCUCGUGUCUCUCGAUCCCGCGACCCAAGCCCGCGUUCUGGGAGACAUGGAACUCCUCCUGGUCACCGCCACCAACAACUUCCUGGUCCACGAGGCCAACGCUGCGCGUCUCAACCCGGAAAUUGUCAUGCGCUUCAGCAACGAGUGGAGAGCCCGCGGUCUGCGCCCUGUGGUCGAGUUCCUCUACGACUGCCGCGCCCAGUAUCACCUCGUACUGGCCAACAUGCACACAGUCCGAUUCUCAACCACCUGCGAAGAGUCGUUUUACCUGCGCGACUCGUGCAUGGAGGUCUGGUCGACCAUCCUGGUCGACGUGGCCGUCCACGCCUUCUGCCUCCCCGACGACAUCGUCGUCAAGCACCUCUACGCCCUCCCCCAGGUGUUGAGGAUGCUGCGGGCACCCGAGUCCGCCCUCGCGGCCGUCCGAGGCCUUCAACUGAAGACCUCGGCCAAGAUCACCGAGCGCAAGGCGGUGGGCUGCGCGCGAAGGGCGGCUCGGGGCCCCUUUGCCAUCCGCGUGCCCCAGUACGGGGACGGGAUGUUUCACCGGCGCGACAUCAGCGUCGAGUCAGAGGAGGACAUGUUUGGGGGGUUCGAGGCCGUCGUGGCCAACAUGCCGGCGCCUGCGUCGCUUGUUGCCGCGCUGGACGGUCCCGGCCCGACCGUUCGCAAGGACGAUCGGGUCGGCGUCCUCUAG